GGAGUGGGGAGCGAGGAGCGAGGAGCGAAACGAAAGCGAAAAACAAAGCGAAGCCGUGUCCGUCCGUUGCCGAGACUCGACUGCGCCGAGUGCGCCGCGGUGACAACGUCGCACCUUCUCUCUGACACUCCCUCUCUCUCCGUGGUCAAAGGUGGACCCGCUUACGCCGAAGCCGCGGGUUUACAGGUACAUACUGCCUAUGUACUGGUGCAUACCUUCAGGCCGGCCGCGAGUUGGACGAUCAAGCACCAUACAAUGCUCCAGUCUCCAGGUACUGUAAUCGACGCAAGUUUUCGCAAGUUUUCGCAAGUUUUCGGAAAAUCCUCGCGAGAGAGCGGCCUUCCUGUUAUGUAUGUGUAUGUGUGUAUGUGCAUCGGCGGCGGCCCCCAUGGACAAGGAGGCAGGCAGGUACCCAGGUAUGUACCGUCGUCGUCGUCCUACAUAGUCGUCGUCCUCCUCCGUCGCCGCCGCCGCCGUGCAGUCGCGAGUGCCUACCCACCUGCUAGUACUCUAGCUGUAGGCGGAAUGUGUGGCAUCCUGUCGAUUGCGGUUAUCGAAACUACUGUAGAGGGAGUAGUGAUGAGAUGUUGGGCACCCCACAAGUUCGUCAGCGACUCAGCGACUCGGCGGGCUGGGGGGGUACUCUACUCUACUAUAUCUACUCUACUCUAUAUUAUGAUACACCGAGCUCGCUCGUCUACUCUAUGUACUACUAUAUAGUAGCCUGAAUCGACCGCGCAGGGACGAAGGGGGACGAAGGGGGACGAAGGGGGACGAAAGG